GUAAUCAUGUUUCCCGUCAGUAUAGAUAGUUUCGUUUUUGUAGUUUUCCGUUUCACAUAACAAGGGACGCGGGUGAUUUCUACCCCUUCGAUCGGAGAGAAUAUGAGCAACGUCACCGCCGAUCCAACUACCGACGGACCUUCCACCGCCGUCGCAGUCUCCGGCUCUGCAGCAAUCCAGGCUUCGCCUCCUACCGAUCGUCCCGUCCGCGUCUACGCCGACGGGAUCUACGAUCUCUUCCACUUUGGCCACGCUCGAUCUCUCGAACAGGCCAAGAAAUCGUUUCCAAACACUUACCUUCUUGUGGGAUGUUGCAACGAUGAGACUACUCAUAAGUACAAGGGAAGGACUGUUAUGACUGCUGAAGAGCGUUAUGAAUCACUUCGUCAUUGCAAGUGGGUGGAUGAAGUCAUUCCUGAUGCACCAUGGGUGAUCAACCAAGAGUUUCUUGAUAACCACCGGAUUGACUACGUUGCCCAUGAUUCCCUUCCGUAUGCAGACACCAGCGGAGCUGGAAAGGAUGUCUAUGAAUUUGUUAAGAAAGUUGGGAGGUUUAAGGAAACAAUGCGAACUGAAGGGAUAUCGACCUCGGACAUUAUCAUGAGAAUAGUGAAAGAUUAUAACCAGUAUGUUAUGCGUAACCUGGAUAGAGGUUAUUCAAGGGAAGAUCUUGGAGUUAGCUUUGUCAAGGAAAAGAGACUUAGAGUUAAUAUGAGGCUUAAGAAACUCCAGGAGAGAGUCAAAGAACAGCAAGAAAAAGUGGGAGAAAAGAUUCAAACUGUAAAAAUGCUGCGCAACGAGUGGGUAGAGAAUGCAGAUCGAUGGGUCGCUGGAUUUCUGGAAAUAUUUGAAGAAGGUUGCCAUAAGAUGGGGACUGCAAUCAGAGACAGUAUCCAAGAGAGGUUAAUCAGACAAAUUCCCAGAAAGAAGCUGGAGAACGGUGAGGAUGAUGAUACAGACGAUCAGUUCUAUGAAGAAUAUUUCGACCAUGACAUGGGCAGUGACGAGGAUGAAGAUGAACGAUACUAUGACGAAGAGGAAGAUGUUGAAGAAGAGAAAAGUGUUAAGAAGGAUGCACAAGACAACAAGUAAGAUCAUUAUUCUCAUGAUCACUUCUACUAGACUCCCUUAGUGUCUCACUCUUAUCUCCCUUAGUGUCUCACUCUCUCCUCUCUCAGUAAUACGCGUCUACUUAACAUAUAAUAUCAAAUGUUUAGAAAGGGAGAGCUAAGUGAGCGUGUUUGUGAUGUGUGUUUUAAAAAAUCGAACGUGCGUGCUUGUCUUUAGUAAGUUGUCUCAUCGUUGUUUAUUUUUGUAUACAUGAUUUCUCUUUAAUUUGGAUACUUGGUGUCUUGUGUAUCU